GCCCCCCUUGUAUAGUUAACGCUUACUUGAGAAAAGGUAAAGUGUUACAGUGUGUAAGGUUUAUGGUGAUUUAGUGGCAUCUAGUGGUGAAGAUUGCAGAUUGCAACCAGCUCAAAUUGCUCAAAAUUCCUUCAAUGUUCAUUGUUUAUGAGGUUUUCACUAGGAGCUGAAGCUCUAAAUCACCUUGACCGUCUCUUACAAAAUGCACAUGUCGAAAAGAGACUUUUCUAUUAAGCCUGGGAGACAGGGCAAUCUCUCUCUCUCUCUUAACCAAUGGAGCAAGCUAGGCACCCUCAUCUGGACAGUUGAACUUCAUGCGAAAGAACUAGAAAACCAAAGGUGGAGGGCGUUCAUAACAAGGAGCCUCUUUUAGGCCUUCUGCUGACCUGACUGUUACCUUAAGCAUAACUGCCACCCAUUUUCUUUACUGACCAAGGCUGAAGGAUGCAACGCCACAGAAGUCCUUCACAGUUGUGACUACAAAAAAAAAUCGGUAACAAUGUUAAUGCAACCGCACUCCCAGUCCCUUCAGAUCAUGCCACCUGUUGGUUUGUGUGUUUGCAGGCUGUCAGGCUGUCUGAUCACAGAGGAAGGCUGUGUCUCUCUGGCCUCAGCCUUAAAGUCCAACCCCUCCCAUCUGAGAGAGCUGGACCUGAGCUACAAUCAUCCAGGAGACUCAGGAGUCAAGCUGCUGUCUGCUGGACGGGAGGAUCCACACUGGAGACUGGAAACUCUCAGGGUGGAGCCUGGUGGAGUCCAGUGGUUGAGACCAGGUCUGAGGAAGUACUCCUGUGAACUCACGCUCGACACAAACACAGUGAACAGAGGGAUCGAACUGUCGGACAACAACACAAAGAUGACACACGUGGAAGAGGAGCAGCCGUAUCCUGAUCAUCCAGACAGAUUUGACUACUGGCCUCAGCUGCUGUGUAGCUGAGGCCAGUAGUAAAUUUCGCGGAAAAAAUCUGCUUUAUGGCAGGAAACGCGUCAUGUAUUGUGAAAUUGGUCAGUCAGCCAAUCAGGGACUGGAGCUGGUCCUUAUGAGGAGUUGGGCACGAGAUAGUUGAGUCACGAGCACAAUGGCAGACGGACAAAGUUUGGAGACAAGUGAAAAACGGCCUAGCAAAAGAAAAGGAGCUCCUCUGUGUGAGGAGGCAAAGAAGAGCAAAAAGGAGAGUGAUAAAAGAAGAGGAAAAACAAGAGUAAACCUCAGUCAGGCGUUCAAGAGAUGGAGGGAGCUCCGUGACCAAAGAGGCUUCAAAACCCAUGUCCAGCUAGCUUUCUUUCUAAUGGAUCAGUAAGUAACACGGCUAAAUGUUAGCUAGACCAGAGAGGACUGGACUGUACUGGCUGCUAGUUCAUUCCUAGCUGGCCAGCAUCGCAAAUCGCCGCAACCAGGGAGCGGGUAGCGAGUGUUGGUCGGCUGACAUCCUGGUUGCCAUUCUACGGCAGCCCUCGGACAGUGAUACCCCCCUCCCUUCCUUCUGUUCUCUUCUCACGGAGGCAGCUAUCCACGGACAUCGCCCAGCUAAGUUACACCCAGCUAAGUGAACACUGGACUUUGUUUCCCAUUCAAUUUGAGUUCCAACCGGCCGCAUGGUUUCCAUACGGUAGCGUUUAUUCUAGAAUGGGGACUGUUUACAUGUGCAUAUUGGUAUAAUUCCACUGUGUCUACUGUUGUUUGUACUGGUACUGUACAUAUUGGUGUCAUUUACUGUGAGCUGUUUGUACUGGUACUGUACAUAUUGGUAUCAUUUACUGUGAGCUGUUUGUACUGGUACUGUGCAUUCUGCUAUAAUUAUUUGCAUUACUAUUUGUUUUUUCUUCAGAUAAAUCUGAUAAUUGUUGCUCGGUCUCUUUACUCAUUUAUUUAGUAGAGUGUCCACACACCUUCUCAUUCUACAUAUACAUAGAGGUAUACUGGUGGCUUUACAGCCUGCAUUUUAUUCAUUAUCUCUGAUCCCCACGCUCAAUUUGG